UUAAGUCUUUUUAUAUUCAGAGUAAAAUCUACCCCAACCUUUGUCCUCAGCUCAGCUAUAUAUGACUUACUUCAACCCUCUUUCACGCUCUCCUCGCUCUCCUCAUCUCUUUCUCUCCCUCCCGGACUCCGGCAAUAUGCCGACGGAAAAUUUCCGGCCAAACUCGCCGGCGACCUGACUGUUGAGAUCCGAAAUCGAUUCUUCUCACUUUCCAGAUUUUUGUGUUUGGAUUGACGGAAAUCAUCCGAGAAAAAGUUGUUGGAAUUCUCGAUCGUUUGGUGAAAUAAGCAGAUUUCUGAACCAUUUUGUUUGCAAUAUUUGUUUGUACUGUGAAUCCGAUUGGGGAUGGCUUUGAGAUUGUUCGAAUUUCGUUUUCGAUAUAGAAAUUAAGAAUGGAGUUUGCCUUGGAAUGUUGACUUUUCUUUGAUUGAUAGGAAGGACUAAAUCAACGGAAAUCAAUUGCCUGCAAAGAAAGGAUUUGUUUUUUGGGUAUCGGGGGUUGAUUGAUUCGAGAUUUGUGUAGUAGGGAUUUUUUUGGAACCUGUAUAAAGAUUGUUUUUUGUUUGGGAGUUUUGAUUGGGAUAUACUGAAGUUUUGUUAACAUGAGAAACAUGCCUUCCCCGGUGGCUCAGUAUGGGAAAGAAGAAAAAGAUGAGAGAGCAAAUGUUAUUUCGAAUUUGAAGGGGAGAAUGAGUGAUGGUCGUCGUAGGUGUGGAUCAAGUGAUUCGCUUGUCCCUGGUCUUGUUGACGAUGUAGUUUUGAAUUGCCUUGCUUGGGCUUCUAGAUCGGAUUAUGCUUCGCUGUCAUGUAUUAAUACAAGGUUUAAUAAGUUAAUUAAAAGUGGGUAUUUGUAUGGGUUGAGGGAGCAGUUGGGAAUUGUGGAGCAUUGGGUGUAUCUGGUGUGUGAUUUAAGAGGGUGGGAGGCAUUUGAUCCAGUGAGAAAGAAAUGGAUGACAUUGCCUAAGAUGCCUUGUGAUGAGUGUUUCAAUCAUGCGGAUAAGGAGUCUUUAGCUGUAGGAAGUCAGUUGUUGGUUUUUGGCCGCGAACUGUUGGAUUUUGCUCUUUGGAAGUAUAGUGCAAUACAUCGUAGCUGGAUAAAAUGUCAGGGAAUGAACCAGCCCCGCUGUUUGUUUGGGUCUGGUAGCCUUGGUUCAAUUGCUAUUGUUGCGGGUGGGAGUGAUAGGAAUGGAAAUGUUUUGAAAUCAGCAGAGAUAUAUGAUUCCGUAUCGGGUAGGUGGGAGAUGCUACCCAACAUGCACACACCACGUAGAUUGUGUACUGGUUUUUUCUGGGAUGGCAAAUUCUACGUUAUGGGUGGAAUGUCAAGUCCUAAUGAUUCACUGACUUGUGGGGAGGAAUAUGAUCUUGAGACGGGGAAAUGGAGGAAAAUUGAGGGUAUGUAUCCAUCUGUCAAUAUAGCUGCACAGGCUCCUCCUCUUUGUGCAGUUGUUGAUAACCAAUUGUAUGCAGUUGAGUAUUUAACCAACAUGGUGAAGAAGUAUGACAAGGGGAAGAACACCUGGGAUGUUUUAGGAAGACUUCCAGUGAGGGCUGACUCUUCAAAUGGCUGGGGCCUGGCCUUCAAGGCUUGUGGAAAGGAACUUCUUGUCGUGGGUGGGCAACGAGGUCCCGAAGGUGAAGGUAUUGUUCUGAACUCAUGGUCUCCGAAGUCAGGGAUCAAGAAUGGCACUUUGGAUUGGAAAGUUAUCGGUGUGAAAGAGCACGUUGGGGUGUUUGUGUACAACUGUGCAGUUAUGGGUUGUUGAAGAUUCUUUUUAGAUUAACACAAAAGAAUGUUACUGGUUUCUGCGAUCUGACGUGGCCCUUCCCAGAUGGUUCCUUGUGCAUGUAUCUGAUUGACUAGGAUUAAUUGUUGCUGAGAUAGCAUUUCCCUGGCUCAGAAUUUGGUUCUCUUAACAUGCCUGCAUCUGGAGAUGUUUCAUACUUCCAUGAUCCUGCAUAAGAUUUGCUCCAAAAAGAUCGAAGUAGGGACACAUGGGUAGUAUGCUGCUUCCUAUUUAUUUUUCAAGUUGUGUUUCUCGUCUACAGCUUAAUUGUUUAUUUUAAUAAAUUGAAAGCGUUAUUGUCUAAUGAUUUGUUUUUAUAAAUUCGAUGCUUGAUAGUUGAUAAUGUUCUUUUUGUCACAAUUUACAGUUUUCUCGACCAAGAUAAUGAAAUGUUACCUAUCA